GACACCGUGUGCUCCUCGCUAAACCCUAGCCGUUCGUCCAGAUCAGUCUUUUUGCAGUGCCACUGGCUGUUUCUCAACGCCGGACGAGCGUCUCUCAAUCCCAAACGGUUUUCACAGCUUGGAUUCGCCACCAUGACCAAGCGUACGAAGAAAGCUGGAAUCGUCGGCAAAUAUGGCACCCGAUACGGUGCUAGUUUGAGGAAGCAGAUUAAAAAGAUGGAGGUCAGCCAGCACUCGAAGUAUUUCUGCGAGUUCUGCGGGAAGUUCGCAGUAAAGAGGAAAGCUGUCGGCAUAUGGAACUGCAAGGAUUGUGGCAAAGUCAAAGCCGGAGGUGCCUACACCUUGAACACGGCUGCUGCGGUCACUGUUCGCAGUACGAUCAGGCGAUUGAGAGAAGCAACUGAGAGUUAGAGUCGCUCGAAGUCCCCUUUGUUCAUGAGGGCAGUACUUGCCACUUAUGUAUGACAAGCUCUGAUUGAGCUUUUACUGGAAGCUUACACAGCAUUUGAGUGUCGUAAUGCUGGCUUUUUUCUUCGUUUGGAUGUCAGCAUGUGAAGAUAUAAGAAUGUAACUAUUCAUGCCCUCCGUAGCCUCA